AUGCAAAGACUCCAGCAGGAAAACAGAGCCCUGAGGGAAGAAGUUAAGGUGCUGCAAGUGGGCAAGCAGGCCCAGGUGGUAUUGGAUCACUGGAGUGAAGAGAAGUGGCGGAGGUUGCUGCACCAUGCCAAGGACCUUUGCUGCAACUGGGCAAUCAGGCUUUUUAUCCUGGGCUCGUAUGACAGAGAGACCUACGUGCACUGCACCUUUGAGCUGAGCAGCCAUGAGUGGAAAGAGAAGACGCGCAGCUCCAUCAAAACGACGGAGGUGAUCAAAGGACCCUUUGGCAGUGUGGGUAUGACAUUCAGGCACAUCCCCACCUGUGAGGGUGACGCGGUCCAUGUCAGCAUCGAGACAGUCACUCCCAACUCUCCUGCUGCCCUGGCAGACCUGCAGAGGGGCGAUCGACUCAUCGCCAUCGGAGGUGUCAAAGUCACAUCCUCUGUCCAAGUGCCCAAACUGCUGAAGCAGGCAGGGGACAGGGUGCUGGUCCUGUACGAGAGGCCUGUGCGUCACCAGAGCCCCACCGUGGGCCUGGGAGCCCUCCAGGAGGGGCUGGGCCAGCUGGAGGAGCCUGGGUUCAUCCUCCCGCCGGGGGGCUACGAGGAGGACCCGGCCCCCAUCACCGCCCUCGCCGACAUAUCCGACAGCAAAGACAUGGACUCUGAGUUUGAAGAGUUGAUUGCGGACCCCAAGUCUAGCCUGCUUAGUAGCAGCGCCGAGGCCAAGGAGGAUUUCCUGUCUGUAAACCAAAGCCCCAAAAGGACUGUGGCCAAUCUGGCCUCCAAACCGCUCGGCAGCAUAUCACCCAUCCUCAACCGCAAACUGAACCUGGUGGGGCUUCAGUCACCGGUCAGACCUCCACCCACACCAAAGCCCUCACCACACAAGAGUGGCGAGCCAGGAGAGGGGCCACAGCGCCCCACCGUCCCCCCUCCACACCCACCCACUCGCCCGCUGGUGCCCCCUAGACCCCACAGUAAAUUAACGUCAGCCUCUUCUGAAACACAAAGUCUGCUGGAGGGGAGUGAAGCUACCACUGCAGCUGAGAAAACUCCAGAAAAUACUCCAACACACUCCACAGGAAGCAAUGGUGACAAAGGCAGUGCUGUGACGACACCUGUGAAACAGCCCGAACCAAAUCCGGCGGUCAAACCAUCCGAGCCCUGCGAAGAGCCACCAGGGGCCCCCUCUGCUCCCAGCAAGCAGGACCUGGCCAAAGACAAGGUGUCUGAGAGCUCCAUCAACACCCGAGACAGCAUGGAGGACCACUCAAUGUGGGAGUCCUCAGAGAUCAUGUUCCGCAACCGGACGGCCCAUUGGGGCAAUGCUUCUGUGGUGUUAGAGGUGGAGAGCAACCAUAAGUAUCUUAACACGGCCCUGUGGUGCAAAGACCCCUUCAAGCUGGGCAGCCUGCUGUGUCUGGGCCACGUCAGCCUGACACUGGAGCAUGUGGCCCUGGAGUGUCUGUCCACGUCUUCGUCUGAGUACCAGAGCACUUUCAGGCUGGAAGCCCCAGAGCCCAGGGCCAGCGUCAGCCGCACCGCCCUGCGCAGCCUCAGCACCCACAAGGGCUUCAACGAGAAGCUGUGCUACGGAGACGUCACCCUCAACUUCAGCUACCUGGCUGAUGGAGAGUCAGAGACGUGGGGCGGGCUAGCGGAGCGUGAGAGGAAGGCCAGCAUGCCGGACGAGGAGCUGAAGGAGAGAGAGAGGGAGCAGCUUUCCUUUGUUCCCCGUGACGACCUGGCCUACAGCGCCAUACAGCUGGUGGAGGUGCGCCACAACUUUCAGGACACCCAGUUCCAGAACCCCACCUGGUGCGAGUACUGCAAGAAGAAGGUGUGGACCAAGGCCGCCUCCCAGUGCAUGAUCUGUUCCUACGUUUGCCACAAGAAGUGCCAGGAGAAGUGCCUGGCCGAGCACCCUUUCUGCAUGGCCGCCACCGACCGACGCAGUGCCGACCCGGAGGCCAAGUCCACCAUCAACCGCGCCACUACAGGCCUCAGCCGCCACAUCAUCAACACCGGUUCCCGUCUGCUCAAUCUGCGCCAGGUGCCCAAGAGCCGGCUGGCAGAGCAAGUGGCUGAUGUCGUGCCAGACGUCGUGCACACCCCCGACAUCUCUGACAAUGAGAGCAGCGAUACAGAAACCUACGCCGGGGCCAGCCCCUCCAAGCAUGCAGCCGGCGGCAGCACCAAGCUGGUACGGCGAGAGGGAGGACUUGACGACAGUGUAUUUAUCGCGGUGAAGGAGAUCGGCCGGGAUCUUUACCGGGGCCUGCCCACCGACGAGCGCUCACAGAAGCUGGAACUGAUGCUAGACAAGCUGCAGCAGGAGAUCGACCAGGAGUUGGAGCACAACAACGCCCUGAUGCUGGAGGAGAGGGAGACGGGGGACGCCCGGAGGAAGACCCUGAUCACGGCCGCCCUGGCCAAGUCUGGGGAGAGGCUCCAGGCUCUCACCCUGCUCGUGAUCCACUACCGGGCAGGCAUCGAGGACCUGGAGUCUGUGGAUAGCACCGGCACCUCCCCCUCGGAGCCACAUGGCUUUAAGGCCAAGGAGGUGGCAUUGGAGGAGUCCUUACUGGGGACAGAGGUUUAUGACAGUGACAAAUGCAGCCCAGUGGAGGCCCAGCUGCUGGAUGACAUCACAGAGGAGCAGAUCUGUGUGGAGGCGCUCCACUAGACAGGACAAGGACAAGGGAUGGGUUUGAGAGUCACAGCAAAAUUAUUUGAACCUUUUUCUGUGGGGGUGGUGUGGUAAAGGUUACCUUCUGAAGAUUAGCUGAGGUGGUCUGGUGAUGGUGUAAUUGUUGAUUUGUAAAACAAUCGGUCACGCGAUUCAUACUUGGUUUGGGGAGACCACUCUUGUUGUCCCAAAGAACUGCAGUUUAGUUUUCCUAAAAUUAUACUUUUAAAGGGAAGCUUGAAAGCUAGAUGGUGAAAUUUGCAUUGAGAAUCAGUGUUUCAUGGCAAUCUGUAAGUGCUUGGGUUCACAAACAUUUUUAAACAUGCAUAUAUAAAAAUUGCCUUCUAUAAUUUAGCUUUUGUUGACAUUGAUUUAAAAAAUCCUUACAGGGCACCUUAAUUAUUUUGUAUUUUUUCUAUCGCUUGAAAAUGUGAGUUUAAAUGUUUGUUACAGUUCAGUAUUUUGUUUGUUACAGUUCAGUAUUUCUGUUUUGCAGAAGAUUGCAAUCAAAAUGUGGUCACCAUAGCAGGAGCUAUGCAAAUAGCAAAUGGCUCUGUUUUAUCCAAAUUGUCUUUGGGGAAGUGAAUAAAUAUUAGUUUGAUUUGUUUUAAUGUGAGUAACAAGCCCAUUUUGUUAGACUGGACACCUUGUUGUGCAGAAAAAAAAGAAAUCCUCCAUAAUGACUUUCCUCUUCUUUUGGACUUUUUUGAUUUUCUGCAAGCUCAUGUGAUAAUUGAAUGAAAUGGGCAAUAAUGUUGUUUGGGAGGAUGGUGGUCUGUCCCCUGUCAUCCUUGGUUCAGUUUAUUUAUAUCACUGAGGCCAAACAUGUUUGACUAUGUAUGAUCCAUUGUUUAACCAGCAUAUUAACUGUACAUGUUAUUUCUCUCUCUGUUACAAUGUUUUCUUAGCUUUUUGGGGGGAGGGAUAAAGUGGUGUAAUAUUUUUCUCAAAUGUAUAAUUUAGAAAAUGUAUUAAGUUAUUUGAUUAAGCACCUGUUUUGUUGUCUCGCCCCCCUUCCAAAUCGUUUCUUUGUAUAGAUAUAAUAUCCCUGAACUAAAACGUAACUAUGGAGGUGGUGGUUUUAUCCAAUCAUGUUACUUCAGACGAAAUGCUUGCUUUUCAAAUUCUUAUUGAUAAAUGCAAAGUAUUUUGGUAUUCAUGGCAGAAAGUUCAUUUAUCUGGUUCAUCUCAGUAUGAAUGUUGUUGUAUAAAAUACAGGAACACAUGGAUCUCUGUUUUAUUGUAUGUAUCUAUGUAUAUCUAUCUUUAUUUACUUGGUUUGGUGACUAGUGUGGGGUCUGAUUGAUAAAUGCUCUGAGCAGUUAGGAUGUUAUAAAUGCUGUGAGCAGUUAGGCUGUGAUUGUGUGAAGUUCUUGGCCUUUGGAAGUUGUUCUCAAUUACUGACAAAUGUAUGUCCAUUUGUAUUUAUAUGUAAAUACAAUCCAGCACAAACCCUCUGCCGAAAUGCAACCACUGUUGUACCCCAAUACAGUGUUGUCAUCAUGACCGGCCGCAAGCAAACCUAUUACAACUGUAGGCACAGGGGGAAAAGCACUGAUUUUAGGGUAAAGAUCAUAAAAGGAGAGAAUCAUUCACUUCUCAAGGGGCCCAAAGCCUCUGGAUAGGAUCAGUAUGACUUUUAUUCUAUUCUCACCAGGCUCAUUUCAAUCGCAGUGUACUUCUGUGGCUGUGCUGCCAUUGCUUCAGCACAGGACCAGAGCUGGUUAAAAGCAGGCCUUUUGGGAUCAGAGUCAGACAGGAGGACAAUAUAAAAGGGGUGAAGGGUAAAAGAAGCAAAGCAACAUUUUUUUCUGUGGAAUAGACGUGAUGCUCUUGUAGAGACUGGCUUGGCUGCUACUUUUUGAUCUCUCUUCAAUUGUUGUAUAUUCAGAUUUUUGUGUAAUAUUUUUUAUAGGAAAUGAAGACAAAGGUGAUAAUCAGGAAGGGAUUCUUCAAUUUGCAAUCUCUCCUUUUCAGUUUCUUGUUGUUUCUCUCCAAAGCAAACCGUAUCUGACGUAGUUUAAUGGUCAGUUAGGUAACUUGGGGGCACCUGGGCUGAAAUUGAGCUCAUGAGGAGAGUAAACAAAAACUAAUUUUGGUCUGUGUCUUGCUACUUCCAUUGCUGCUGCUGCUGUUGUAAAUCUGUGCUCUCUAAACCCAUUCAUAUGCUCCUGAUCUGUCUCUCCCCAUGAUACACAUAGUGUUAUGGCUUUCUGCAGUUGAGAUUUUUAAGAGUGAUGUUGUCCACAGUUCUAGAGAUAGAUCAUGUGAUGAAGCGCUAUUGUACAUAGCCUCAAUAAACAAGCUCACCUGAA